UUUAAUUUAAUUUUUAUAAAGCUCCUCCACAGACAAAUCAUCUUUAUGUAUUCAUUACAAAUAAUACAAAACUUAAAAAAAUAUGUUAAUAAUAUAUUUAAAUUAUAAGUCAGAGACUUAUGCAAGUCCCGUUGUUUACACCGUUGUGUCGCCUUUUCUUCACCAGAAAGUGUCUCGCUGUCUGAGUGCGAGAUCCCCGAGACUGCAACCAGCUGGUCCUUAUUCUAGUGAAGAGGCCCAACUUGAACACCAGCAGAGCCUCCGCGCUCAGUGGGGACGGACCCGGCAAUGCGCUCUUCGCUACGGAAGGUGGUGCUGUUGGGCCUGAGGGGAGAGGCGGCUGGCGAGGAACCCCCGGAUCACAGUGGCAGAAAGCAAGCCGGGAUUCCUGAAGCGAAUUCCCUUAGUCUGGAUGCAACACUUGCGAGAGGGACUUCCAGUGACUCAGAGUUGGAGCUGCCAGCGCCACACACACCAUACGGCGGGGCGGGGAGCCCGAGGAGAGCGUCUGGGCAGGGGCUGGCCCUGACUUUCAAUAACCGGGUGGUUGUCAUGGCGACCAGCCUGCCUCCGGAGGGGGCGGCUGAAAGGACCCAUUGUUCUGGGGUCGGGCUGCCCGGGCUUUGCCUGUUUCUGAGAGACACCUUUAAGCGCCUCCCUUCGUCCCGGGGAGGACUGUGCGCCAGAGCUGGAGAGUCUCCCCGACGCCUCACGCCAGCACCACAGACUGCAGGUCGCGGCGCUGGCGCCGCUCAGCGCGGCGAGAGGAGCAAGCGGCCGCUCGCCCCUAGAGCCGCGGCCUCCCACGCAGGCCUGCGGCGCAGUCAGCGCGACUCGGUGCGCGCACGCAGACGCGUCCCCGACCCGAGCGGCGCGCGCCCGCCUCCCGCAAACGCCUGCCUGGGUCUGGGGCCGGCGGCCGCGGGAAAGGCCCUCGGGAUACCGCGCAGCCGCGCUGGACGGGAAGGGACCACAAACCGUAGCAUUAAGAUGAGAAGUUACGAGGCAGCCCUGCAGUUUUCCUUCUAAGAGGAAACAAUUGGGGACAACCCGAAGUCCGUCUCUGGGGGGCUGGUUUAAAAACGUGGGGCACAUGCCUCUGAUGAAAUACUAAGUUGCUAUUAAAAAAUACAAGGCGGCCUUAGAGGCACAGAUGUAUAUUCUAAGUAAUAAAGCAAAAACUGCAGAAAGAGUAGCGUGUGUGGGUUUAUAUACACAUACACCCGCGCGUGUGUGUUUCCAUCUCUAGAAGUGGUUGCUUCUCAGGAAGGCUGCUGUGAGACUAGAUUCUGUUGUGAGGAGGUAAAGAAAACUUCUUUUUCAGCAUACCGUCUUGCCUACCUUUUGAAUUUUGCCCUAAGCACCAUGGACUAUUUAUUUAAAAAUAAAUAAAUACUUUAAAAAAAAGCUUUAGAACUGCAUUUGCUGAACACUAAUGAGAUUUGAACUCUCAAAGCAUCUGAACUAUUGUGUUUUAAAUGCUUUAAUAAAUAUUAAUUUAAAAAGUAUACAUGUGCAAAUACAAAAAAGUACACAUGCACAGCCAGCUGACAUUUGGGGAACCCACUGUAUAAUCCAUUAUUAUAACAUUAAUCACAGGGCUUCCAAAUUAAAUAAAUAUGACAUAUUAGGGCGAUUUUCCUAUUUACAGAGUGGUUUAUAAUCAGUGAAAUGGACUAUUGAACCCCAAUGACAUGAAUGAUCUUUAUACACAGAUAAAAAUCGUUACUUAGCAGUGACUUACUAAAAAUGAUAACUGGUUACCAUCUAUUGGCCAUUUACUGUGUGCCUUACUAAACACUGUAUUAAGAGUUUGAUAUGCAUUAUUUAUUUUAAUCUGCCAAGCAAAUCGUUUGACUUUUAGAAAUGAGGAAACAUGUAGAAAUGUUCUUCAGUUCAUCUAAUAUCACACAGGGAAGAAAGCUGUGGAAUCUGGGCUUGAAUUCGCAUCUGACUGACUCUAAUGUUAUUUUUUAAAUUGUGGUGAAAAUACAGGCUCAUUAUGACUCUCUAACCCUGUGAUUUCACAAAUUGAAUAAAAAGGUAUCUAAAUAUUAAGAAUUAGAUUCUGUUUGAGGAAACAUCACUUGUAAACAGCGUAAUGAGCCUGUAAAUUUUGAACUCAUGCUAUAGCUUGUUUGUGAAGAGUAAAUGGGAGGUCUUUGUUUUGUGAAUAACUAGUGUAGCCUUUAUUUAGGCGUCCAUAAA